GCAACUUUGUUACCAGGCAAUAGCUGUGUCUCCUCCGGCACAGCGUGGCUGAAAGGAGAAGCAUUUGGUAGUUAUGAUUGAUCAGCGUUUCCUGCAUCCUCUCCGGUGCGUUAGAGACGUUUGUGAACGUGAUCGGGUAAAAUAGAUUCUGUGUCCUAUUUUGCUUUCACGGAUUAAAAAUGAAAGAUGCGCCGAAACACCUAAUGAGUCUACAUCUUCAUCAAUGUGCGUGAGAUGACACUGAGGAUAUCUUAGCAGGACUGUGAGCUUGGCCAUCAUUUUGCAGGAAAAUGCAUCUUUGGAUUUUGUAUGUUCUGCUAAGUGCAACGUCAAUGUGCACUGUGGAGAUGUUUGGCAGCUAUGGAGAGAUUUGUCAAAGACUGUGUUCCUGUGAGGAGAGAGAGGGGAUACUGACAGUGAGCUGUGAAAACAGAGGAAUUGAAAGUGUCUCAGACAUAAGCCCAGUGUUCUUUCCCCAGUAUCAUCUGCUGCUUACAGGGAACGGAUUGAAAAAGCUGUCAGCCAAUGACUUUGUCGACUACAAAGGACUUACAAUACUGCAUCUUGGAAAUAACGACAUAUCUGAAGUGGAAGCAGGAGCUUUUAAUGGACUUCAGGGAUUAAAACGAUUGCAUCUCAACAAUAACAAAAUCGAUGCCUUGAAGGAAGAGUUUUUCUUUGGCCUUGAAAGUCUGGAGUAUCUUCAAAUUGAUUAUAAUUCUAUCACUCAUGUGGCGCCAAACGCCUUCAGCAGACUUAGACAACUGGAGGUCUUGAUCCUAAAUGACAACUUAGUAUCCACUCUGCCUGUGAAUAUUUUCCAGUAUGUACCAUUGACUCAUUUGGACUUGCGGGGAAAUCAGCUUAAAGUGCUUCCCUACUUGGGUCUACUGGAGCACAUGAACAGUGUGGUGGAGCUGCAGCUGGAGGAGAACCCAUGGAACUGCUCCUGUGAGUUGAUUGCUCUGAAGACUUGGCUGGAGAGCAUAUCUUACUCGGCCUUGGUCGGGGAUGUGGUUUGCGAGUUCCCUUUCCGGCUUCAUGGGAGGGAUCUUGACGAGGUUUCAAAGCAGGAGUUAUGCCCAAGGAGAGCCAUCGCUGAAUAUGAGAUGCAACCACUGCCACAUUUGAGCACCGAUGCAUACUAUAGGACACCGCCAUCUUUAGUCACAUCUUCCUUAACCUCAUCCGGGAUUGCACGGUCCUCAUCGAGACCCACCAAGGGACCACGGCAGUCAGGAAAACUAAAAUCAAGACCAACUGUUCGCAGCCCAUCAAACAAACCACAAAAUUACGGCCAGAUCGUUUCAUAUCAAACCAAAUCCCCCGUGCCUUUAGAUUGCCCGACUGCCUGUACCUGCAAUCUUCAGAUUUCAGACCUCGGUUUGAAUGUGAACUGCCAGGAGCGAAAAAUUGAACAUAUCUCUGAUUUAGAUCCGAAACCUUACAAUCCCAAAAAGAUGUACCUAACAGGAAACUACAUCCCUGUGGUGCGCCGAUCAGACUUCAUCGAGGCGACUGGAUUAGAUCUCCUUCAUCUAGGUAACAAUCGAAUUGCUCGCAUACACGACAGAGCGUUUGCUGAUCUGACACAUCUCAGAAGACUUUACCUGAAUGGGAAUCUGAUUGACCAUCUUACAGCUGGUAUGUUCUAUGGUUUAGAGAGCCUGCAGUUCCUGUAUUUAGAGUACAACGUCAUCAAAGAGGUUGCUUCUGACACCUUUCAGAGCGUCCCUAGACUUCAACUCCUUUUUCUGAACAACAACCUUUUGAAGACUCUACCCGUGGGAACGUUUACCGGCCUGACAUUAGCCAGACUGAAUCUUCGCAACAACCAUCUGAGAUAUCUGCCGGUGAGCGGUGUCCUCGAUCAGCUCACAGCACUGGUGCAGGUGGAUCUGUUCGAGAAUCCCUGGGAUUGUUCUUGCAGCAUACUGGAGUUGAAGAUGUGGCUGGAGCAGCUUAGCACGGGAACGGUUGUAAACAAUGUCAUCUGUGGCUCGCCUAAGAAGCUAGCAGGGGAGGAUAUGAGAUACAUUAAGACGGCUAGUUUCUGCCCUAAUAACUCUGAUAUACUGGCCUCCAUGAUCCCACCCUCAGAAGAAUCUUUUCCUGGCAGCACUAUCACCAUAGAAACAUCCUUGGACUACGACACACACUACAGCGCCAUUCCUUUAUCUGUGAUGAUUCUGGCCCUUCUGCUCAUGUUCAUUGUGUCCGUGUUUGUGGCUGCAGGAAUGUUCGUGGUGAUGAAGAAGAGACACAAAAAGAGUCAAAACAAGCAGAAUCACUCCAUGAACGCUUGCAUCAGCUCUCUUAACAUGGAGUAUGGCCUUUACAAAAAGGGAGCCAUUCCCAAAGUCAGGACAUCUGCUGGGCAUGUGUAUGAGUACAUCCCACCUCCCACAGAGUCCACAUGCAGGACUACUGCGCACCCCCCCACCGACAGCAAGUCAGUGGAGGGGGGGAGGGACUUCGACGAGUUGAGCGGUCCUUUUCUGGGUAACUCAGAUGAAGAGGCAGCCAGUAAUGUAAUAAGCUCAGAAUACAGUGCUGUGACUCCAGAGCCUCUUAACAAGCCCUCCACCCCCCACCAAGAUGAUCUGUGUUACUACAGAGACGUACUGGAGCCUGACAAGCACACACGCUACAGCAACACAUGCAAGCACACCGCACACUCAUCCAGCCAGUUUACCUCAGACUUUGAUGCAAGGCAUCAGUACUCGCCCUCAGACAGGGUGCAGCAGACAAUACUCUAUUGUGCAGCGCCAAGUACUGUUUAUGUGGAGCCUAACCGGAGCGAGUACUGGGAACUGAAAGCAAAGCUCCACAUCGAUCCGGAUUAUCUUGAGGUUCUUGAAAAACGAACAACUUUUACACAGUUUUAAGAGACUCUGAUGUUAUGUAUCCAUUUUAAUCAGGAAACAUGUAGAAACAGACUUAGAGCUACAUAUGCAUUUCUUAGGAUGAUGCCAUGCAGGAUGGAAUAUCAAAGGGGAAUAGUACUCAGUACAGAAUCACUUAACCCUUGAUCCUUGUGGUGUUACACAGUGUUUUAAAUCUGUAAAUACCAACAAGCAACCAGAGAGACUCAGGGCUCUUAUGACUCACCCUGCCAUAAAAUACACCCCGAAGCUGCUUCACAAACAAUAAUGUGAGACAGAGCUUUCACCUUAAAUUACAUACAGUUCAUGUGUGUUACAGUUGAAUAUUUACACCUCCCAGUUCUGUCUCUACAACACAAAAUUUAUACGUGAGACUAAAUUGAGUUAAUUCCGCAAGUUAGGCCUGGGUGUAGGUGUUAAAAAAAGGACACAUGGCCUGCACAUCUGUUUGGGAAAUUGUGCUCCAGUGAAAACGACAGAUUUAUUGAGGUUGUUUGUCGCCGCGAAUGCACAACUCUGGGAUGAUCGUGUUAACUGCACAGGGUCAUGAAAAUAAAUUCAGUGUAAUACAGAUUAUGAGGACAGUAAAUCUCUGAUGUCUUGUUUGCAGAUUUGUGAGGUAAUAAUUCAUGCAUCCUACAACUAAACUGACCUAGUACUUAAACUGUAAUCUGUGACUGUCAGUGGUGAACCCACAGAACCUCCCCAACUCCCAAACCACUGCACUUGUGGAUUGUGGACACAUGUUGCACUUUUAUUGAAUUAAAUAUUAAUGUAUUGAAACUGUACUCAGAAAUGUAACUGAAAUAUCAUCAUCACAACUGCAUUUGGAUGAAUUGCAACUGAAACAGAAUUGGAUUUAGACUCAGAUCUUUAUCAUAUAUGUCAUGAAAAGGAAUUCUAGUUAUUUUCUGGCUUAAAAACAAUUGUAUUGUAUUGUAAGGACUUCAUGUACCGUAUUUGCAUCACAACCAGAGAUCUUAACACAAAAAAAACAAACCAUAAUUUUUCCAUCAGAGAAAAUACAUUUAAGCACAAUACUUUUCUUUUUUAUACCCUUCUAGCCUUUUAAUGAUACGUUUUCAAAAACACAUACCAUUUUUUUCAGUUGCAGUACAUUUGAGCUGAUGUGCAGUACAAAAAGAUUCUAUAUUAUAUCUCCAUAUAAAAGAUGAACAUCUGUCCAUAUUAUACAUUUUAAAUGACUAUUUUUAUACAGAGAAUGAUUUCUUUUCCUUGUGUUUUUCUUUUACAAAAAAAUGCACUAUAUUGACUCCUACAGGUCAACAAUGAUGUCACUUUCUGAAAAUGCACAAUAUGGUAUCACAAGCUUUUAGCCAUAAAUGAAGGUUUGAUAACCGCAUCGAUCACAGUUACAUAUGUUUGAAAAAAUCUUGCACUAUGCAUAGAUAAACAGUUUAUGUAGACAAUCCGUACAAAAAAGCCAACAGUUACCACUCAUAACACUCUGAAGUAUGAUAUUUAUGAUGCAGUUGCACCCCAUACGUGUUUAUUUGAAGUGUAAUAUUCAGAGGCACUUCAUGUGUUUUGAAUGAGAUGUGCUUAUAGGUUGACAAACUGCAAUUGUUUGAGUGUAUUGCAUAAGAAUGAAAACACUGUCUCAUUAGUUGGCUUUGUUUGUUUCAUCUGUUUGGGGGUUGUAUGAAAUCUGGCAAUUUGACUGCAAUUAGCAGUCUGUGUUUCUCUCUUUUAAGGAGGGGGUGAUGGGUAAUGUGCAAAGGGUCUUCAAGAACUUCAGCCUUUAGAUGAGAAGCACAACAAAUAGUUGAAUGAAUGGCAGAGUGGUUUUAUGUAUACAGAUAAUCUAUGCUCUAAAAUAAUCCACAUCAUCCAUUAUGCAGUGUGAACAAUUUCUGGGUCAAUAGUGUAAGCCCAGAGAUCUGACUUUCCCUGAGAAUUUAAUACAGAGUAAACUCAUGUCAUAUGCAGUAUUAUGCACUUAACCUGUCAUCUUAAGUCAGCUAAUUAGAGGAUAUGGUGUAUCUGGAUCCUGUAUGCAUGUCAUCACAUAUUACACUGCAGUAUUAGUCAUGCUUUCUUUCCAUUUUUCUAUCCAGAAAGCAGGCCUGGUUAGUUGCCUUUUAACAUUUUCAGAGUCAUUUUGUGAUUAUUUUGUCACUUGACCUGCGACCACUCACUGGAAAGUCAUCAGAACAAGUUAUCUACACAUUAAUAUACAGGUUUUUGACAGUUACAUAUUCAAGAUUUUCUUGUUUUAAAUGAGUAUAUUGCUGUGAUGUUAAUGUUAAAAACACGGUAAGCCUACAAACAUGCACAGACAGAUACCCUUUUAAUAUUUGUUGGGGUUUUUUUCAUGUAAAGUGGUUAAAUCUGUGUUAAUGGUUUCAGUUCUCAAGUUAAAAAAUGCAGAUUUUGAACCUGUGGUAAAUUCUGUACAUCCAAUAUGACAAAUUAUAAAAGAACACCUAAAACAAGGCAUACAAAUAUGUGUGCCAGUGGAUGAAAAGCCAAGUCUUUUAACAUUUAAUUUGACAUGAUGAGUCUUUCUAUACAUUUUGCAAAGGUAGCUGUGUGCUGGAACACAGUUUUAACUGUAAAUAACAGACAUUUGUAAAAUGUUGUUCUCUUGAAGCUUUUUGUAAUCAAUGACCAAAUGCAGAUUUCUGUCACGUGAGAAUACAAAUAUUGAUUAUCCAAAAAACAUGUUGUAUUGAAAUGUAACUAUCCUGUGUAUGUGUGCAGAGAAGAGGUCCAGUCAGUGUCUUAUUCUCAUGAUUGCUUUGUUUGAUUUUCAUAUAAAACAAUAUUUUCUAUGUCAAUCUCUGAUUUGUAAAUAAACACACAUCAUCAGCAUUUCAGUGCAAACUUGCAUCAGCUCUGAAAGGAUAGUCUCUUAUUGCAAAACAACAGUGGGACUAGAAAUACGUGGGUUAAAUAUGUCAACAAUGUGCUGUUUCUUAAAGUUGUUAGCUGAUGAAUAAAAGAUAUGCAUUCA